CCUGCACCGGAAAUGGUAGGUAGUGGACCACAUAUCUGAUGAUGAAGUAGGUGAUGGCAGACCGCUAUCUGUCAACAAUUUAUCGAUAGCCUAUGGUAAAUUCGACGUGCCACGGAGAUUGUCUACGUCUGACAGGUGUUACAGGCUCUUCCAGUGCUGUGAAGAAGGCUGUGUUAUGGAUGAGCCAUGAAGGCCCAACUACAGGUCACAGUUAUUUCAGCCAAGCUGAAAGAAAACAAAAAGAACUGGUUUGGUCCAAGUCCAUAUGUUGAGGUGGUUGUUGAUGGCCAGUCAAAGAGGACGGAGAAGUGCAACAACACACACAGUCCCAAAUGGAAGCAGGCUCUCACCGUAAUUGUGACCCCAUUUAGCAAGCUGAUUUUCCGUGUUUGGAGCCAUCAGACACUGAAGGCAGACAUCUUGCUGGGGAUGGCAACAUUGGAGAUCUGCGAGACUCUUAAAGCUAAUGAACUUAAGUUGUCUGAGGUGGUGCAAACACUGCAACUUAGCUCUAACAGGGACCCACGGGAUGUUGUAGGUGACCUGUCAGUCUGUUUGGAUGGUAUGCAAGUGGAUCCAGAAACGUUUGCUGCGGCAGAAGAAGAACACGUUGCUGUCCCAAAUGGAAAUAACAGACAAAAGGGAGACACUGGCAACAGGUCAAGCAGAGACACAUCCCCCUCUAGUGACUCAGAUGAGUGGGUCAUUGUACCUAAUGGUCAUGCUGUUAAUGGUAAGCUAUCUCCUGCACGUUCACCUGGGGGUUCUGCUUCCACACGCCCUCCCAGACCUGCCCGACCUCCACCUCCAACCCCACGAAGACCUACAGCUUCACCGACCUCUUCUAGCAGUUCUUCUCCCAGUGAGCUAAGUGAAGGCCCAGCUUCUGAUGGCUCUUCUCAGGCUUCAGCCAGUGGGUGUUUGGAUCAACAGGAAGAAUCUAGUGCAGCCACAGCAAGUACACAGACAGCGGGUGGGCCUAAACCAGGGACCACUGCCUCAGUGGCUCCAUUUACGCCAGCUCCAAGAAUAACACCCGUGAACAAUGGUCCCUUGCCACCAGGGUGGGAGCAAAGGGUGGAUCAGAAUGGACGGGUGUAUUAUGUAGAUCACAUAGAAAAAAGGACAACAUGGGACAGGCCAGAGUCUCUUCCUACAGGGUGGGAACGUAGGGUGGAUCCAAUGGGUCGCGUGUACUAUGUUGACCAUAUAACUCGAACUACUACAUGGCAACGUCCUACGCAAGAGUCGGUUCGUAACUAUGAGGAGUGGCAGCACCAGCGCAGCCAGCUGCAGGGAGCCAUGCAGCAGUUUAACCAGAGGUUCAUUUAUGGGCUCCAAGACCAGUUGGCAGCAACAGCAAAUAAAGAGUUUGACCCACUAGGACCUCUGCCACAUGGUUGGGAGAAGAGAACAGACACCAACGGCAGAGUGUACUUCGUUCAUCAUCCAACUAGGUCCACACAGUGGGAAGAUCCCAGAACACAAGGGUUGCUGAAUGACAAACCUUUGCCCGAGGGCUGGGAGAUGAGGUUCACUGUGGACGGUAUUCCCUACUUCGUAGAUCACAACAGGCGAACCACAACCUAUAUCGACCCUCGCACGGGGAAGUCUUCACUUGAAAAUGGGCCACAGAUAACCUAUGUCAGGGAUUUCAAAGCCAAAGUGCAAUAUUUCCGUUUCUGGUGUCAGCAACUGUCGAUGCCUCAGCACAUUAAGAUUACCGUCUCCCGAAAAACCUUAUUUGAGGAUUCCUUCCAGCAGAUCAUGAGCUUCCACCCUCAAGAUUUAAGACGGAGACUGUGGAUCAUUUUCCCCGGGGAGGAGGGCUUGGAUUAUGGAGGUGUGGCCAGGGAAUGGUUUUUCCUGUUGUCUCAUGAGGUACUCAACCCUAUGUACUGUUUGUUCGAGUAUGCGGGCAAGGACAACUACUGCCUGCAGAUAAACCCUGCCUCUUACAUCAAUCCUGAUCACCUCAAGUACUUCAAAUUCAUAGGGCGCUUCAUUGCUAUGGCCUUAUUCCAUGGCAAAUUCAUUGACACCGGGUUCUCCCUCCCUUUCUACAAGCGCAUCCUAAAUAAACCUCUGGCUCUCAAAGACUUGGAGUCCAUAGAUCCAGAGUUUUACAACUCACUCAUCUGGAUCAAGGAUAAUAACAUAGAGGAGUGUGGUCUGGAGAUGUUCUUCUCGGUUGACAAAGAGAUCUUGGGAGAAGUCACCACCCAUGAACUGAAACCUGAUGGAGGGAACAUUCAAGUAACUGAGGAGAACAAAGAGGAAUACAUCAGGCUGGUGGCAGAGUGGAGGUUGUCUAGAGGUGUGGAGGAGCAGACGCAAGCAUUUUUUGAGGGCUUCAAUGAAGUUCUGCCCCAGCAAUACCUUCAGUACUUUGAUGCAAAAGAAUUAGAGGUGAUGCUGUGUGGGAUGCAGGAAAUAGACCUGGUGGACUGGCAGAGAAACACAAUUUAUAGACAUUAUGCCCGCAGUAGCAAGCAGAUUCUUUGGUUCUGGCAGUUUGUAAAGGAGAUGGACAAUGAGAAGAGGAUGAGACUGCUGCAGUUUGUUACAGGAACCUGUCGGCUUCCUGUUGGUGGCUUUGCCGACCUGAUGGGAAGCAACGGCCCCCAGAAGUUCUGCAUUGAGAAAGUGGGAAAAGAGAACUGGCUUCCACGAAGCCACACAUGCUUUAAUCGUCUCGACCUCCCUCCUUACAAGAGCUAUGAGCAACUGAAGGAGAAGCUGAUGUUUGCCAUAGAAGAGACAGAAGGCUUUGGACAGGAGUGAUGAAAUUGGUAUAAGCUGCUGGUGGGGCUGAGGGGGAUAUUUUAAUUUCAGGAACGCUUUUCACAUGCAACCAGGAGCUCCUUAUAAACCGCUGGUCACAUUGGUUCAUCUCUCUCACAUUAACACAUGCAGCAAAGGUAGUUUUUAGGCUAUUUCUAAUAUAAUAUUCUGCUGCAUUUGUUUCAACGGUGUCUGGUAACACAUCAACAAACUGUUUUAAUUCUCGUGAAUGUACAGUUCCUCAGUCAUCUCUGCUCAGCCCAAUGGACCAGAAGAAACGCCUUUCUCACGCUGUCGUGUCUGCACUCGCUUUGUGUUGUGCUAGCCGAGUUUCUACACGCACCUCUCUGGAUCUGUGCAGUAGUCCUUUCCUAAGAGCCCCGCUAUGCACUAGAAUUUAUAAUCUAGACCUGUGCACAUACAGUAUUUAUGCAUUGGACUCAAUGCACAUGAAGGUUUUGGUCUGGACAUUUAGUCUUGUUUCAUUUUGAGAAAGGAAAGAUGAGUCUGACUUUUUUCACUCUGACAUUUACAGGUUUUCUUAAUUUAAUAAGAAAAUUUAAAUAGUUUGCACACAGGUAUUUGAGCAGAGAAACGACUGUGAUUGUUCUGAAGAGAGCGUGUAUUUUUAUGUGCAAUAGUUUUGUAGAAAAGAUUUCAGCCAGUACUAGAACCAGUAAUUUGUCAUUUUUAAAUUCCCAAUGUGAAGUAGAUUACAAAUGCUGUGCGCUGGCUGUGAUUUAACUCAACCUUAUUUUCCAAAAGUCUAAUGUGGAGAGAGUUUUUCCCCUGGAUAUUUUUAGCUGUUACUAAUGAAGUGGGAGUAAUAGGAUAUAUUAUUUAAUAUAGAAUACAUAUUGAGGUGGCAGUUUUGAAAUAAAAUGGUCAUUUUUGAGUAAUAUUCUUAAUAUUAACCCAUUCCCACUGAAUUGUAAUUAGUUAUUGUGUAAAUAUCCUAAGUUAAGUGUAAUUCUAGAUAACUAAUGAAGAUGGUGAAUCAUAACUGUUAUUUGUGUGAAAUGUUCAAUGCAGUUCAUGUACAAAUACUAACAUGGAAGAAAAAUGUCAUUAAUGUUGCAAAUAAUUCACCUAAGCAGUUUAGCCUUUUGUGUUUAUAAUUAAUAUUUUAGUUAAUGCAAUAGAGUGGCCCUAGUUUUAUAGGGUGUUAGUUGUUCAAAUUUGUAAAGUUCAAUGUUUCUUUUAAUUACAGGAUUCUUUAAAGAAAAAUAACAGUAAAACCAAUCAACCAAAGGAUUUUUUAAAUUAUUUUUUAAAAAAACAUUUAAAUUAAGAAUUGCAUGAGCAACAUAAUCAGUUCUUAAUACCCUCUUUACAUAAUUUACACAUUUUUGAAACGCAAAAUUGAGUAAAAAUUAGUUAUUAAUUAAUUGAGUAUGAGUACAGAAUUUAUUCCUAAUCUUGUUUAAAAAAAAUCUUACUGUGGGUUUGAAAUUUGAUUUAAUAAGGUUAUACAAAAGGCUGUAUUACCUGUGCUCUUAAUGAGUGUGUAUUGGGUAUUGUUGCUUAGUAUCAUCAGAGCCAUAUACAUAAAUUGUGACGUGCUAUUUUUAAGCAGUAACUGUCCAAGCAGCAAGCUUUGUAAUGUGUGGUAUCCUUACAUCAUGAUAAAGUCAGUGUGCACUACUGAACCUUUGUAGUUUCAUUUUACAUUUCGGCAGGUUUUAACUUUCCAGUACAGCAUAAAGGGAAGAUGUAAGCCAUGCAGCUGUGUUUCAUUUAUAGUGCUGGUAUUGGUGAUUGCUGGUUCUUCUCACUGACCUGAGCUCUUCCCCAGUGAAAUUGUUUUUGUUUUGAACUGUCCUCAGUACCUAUUACUACUAAUUUUACUGAUUAUAAUGACUUUACGUUAACUGAAUUUGACAGUUGUUUCACAUUUGGACUUUCUUAAUAGCAGCAGUUCAGUUUAUACCUUUAUCUAUAUAAGGCUCAGUUUGUUGUUAAAGAAAAUUGUGACGAGAUAAUUAUUGUAAAAUAAACGAACCUUGAUACUGUAGUAAAGGUUUUGUGAUGUUUACUGUUGAACUUUUUUUGACGGAUUCUAACUAAUAAUGGCACCUUGACACUUAAAAUUAACCACGUCACUGUUAAAUCACUGUGUUCCAGAUUAUGGGGCAGUUAAAUAAUAUAGAAAUAUGCAAAGAUAAUGCUUUACUUCUUCUUCUGAUUGCAUUGUAAAUCCUGUUGAUAGUGUAAUCACUGUUUUAAGACUUCGAACCAUUUUAAUAAGUGGAAAUGGUUGGUUCUUUUUUUGAACACUAUUUAUUUGGAGAAUGUAUUUCAUGUAACAGUGUACUAAAUUGAGGAAAAUAAAUAAAACACUGGCAUCUAGCAGGAUGCUUGGGAAGUGUAACGAA